CGGAGAGGGAAUUAGUGUGAGCUGAAGAGUGGGAGCUGCCGCCGCUGCGGGCUCGCGGGCUGUCCUAACCGUGCCGGAGCGCUCAGCAAGUGUUUAUUGAGGCAUAAUAUGUGCUGACACUGUGCUGGAGACCGGUGAUGCAAAGCUCUGUCGGGGCCAUGUCGGAGCGAGAGGAGCGGCGGUUUGUGGAGAUCCCUCGGGAGUCCGUCCGACUCAUGGCCGAGAGCACGGGCCUGGAGCUGAGCGACGAGGUGGCCGCCCUGCUUGCAGAGGAUGUCUGCUACCGGCUCCGAGAGGCCACCCAGAAUAGCUCUCAAUUCAUGAAACACACCAAAAGGCGGAAACUGACUGUGGAGGAUUUCAACAGGGCCCUCAGGUGGAGCAGCGUGGAGGCUGUGUGUGGUUAUGGCUCCCAGGAGGCUCUGCCCUUGCGCCCUGCCAGGGAGGGUGAGCUCUACUUCCCUGAGGACCGAGAGGUGAACCUGGUGGAACUAGCCCUGGCGCCCAACAUCCCCAAAGGCUGUGCCGAGACGGCUGUGAGAGUGCACGUCUCCUACCUAGAUGGCAAAGGGAACCUGGCACCCCAAGGAUCAGUGCCCAGUGCAGUGUCUUCGUUGACCGAUGACCUUCUCAAGUACUACCAGCAAGUGACUCGGGCUGUGCUAGGGGAUGACCCUCAGUUGAUGAAGAUCGCACUCCAGGACCUACAGACUAACUCCAAAAUCGCAGCACUCCUGCCUUACUUUGUUUACGUGGUCAGUGGGGUAAAGUCUGUAAGCCAUGACCUGGAGCAGCUGCACCGGCUCUUGCAAGUGGCUCGGAGUCUGGUUCGGAACCCACACCUCUGCCUGGGGCCCUACGUCCGCUCCCUGGUGGGCAGCGUCCUUUACUGCGUCCUGGAGCCACUGGCGGCCUCCAUCAACCCCCUGAAUGACCACUGGACUCUGCGGGAUGGUGCUGCCCUCCUGCUCAGCCACAUCUUCUGGACUCACGGGGACCUUGUGAGUGGCCUUUAUCAGCAGAUCUUGCUCUCCCUGCAGAAGGUCCUGGCUGACCCUGUGCGACCUCUGUGCUCUCACUAUGGGGCUGUGGUGGGGCUGCAUGCCCUUGGCUGGAAGGCAGUAGAACGCGUGCUCUACCCACACCUGUCCACUUACUGGACAAAUCUCCAGGCUGUGCUGGAUGAUUAUUCAGUAUCUAAUGCUCAGGUUAAAGCAGAUGGGCACAAAGUCUAUGGAGCCAUUUUGGUGGCCGUAGAACGACUUCUGAAGAUGAAGGCCCAGGCAGCAGAGUCCGUUAAGGGGGGUCCAGGCGGCAGGGGCUGGCGGCGGUCGGACGACCUGCCCUGGGACAGCCUUCUCCUGCAGGAGUCUUCCUCCACUGGCAGCGCCGAGCCAGGGUUUGGGGGUGGCCUCCCGCUGCCGCCUGGAGGCGCCGGGCCGGAGGACCCCACCCCAUCCGUGACCCUGGCGGACAUCUACCGGGAGCUCUACGCCUUCUUCGGCGACAGCCUGGCCAUCCGCUUCGGCACGGGUCAGGCCGCACCCACGGCGCCGCGGCCGCCGGGAGACAAGAAGGAGCCGGCGGCCGCGCCGGACUCGGUGCGGAAGAUGCCGCAACUGACGGCGAAUGCCAUGGCCAGUCCGCAGGGCGACGAGAGCCCCCGGGGCGGCGGCGGGCCACCGUCGGCCUCUGCGCCUGCCGCCUCCGAGAGCCGGCCGCUGCCGCGCGUGCACCGGGCCCGAGGGGCGCCCCGGCAGCAGGACCCUGGCACCCGCGACGUCUUCCAGAAGAGCCGCUUCGCCCCGCGCGGCGCGCCCCACUUUCGCUUCAUCAUCGCCGGGCGGCAGGCCGGGAGGCGCUGCCGCGGACGCCUCUUUCAGACGGCCUUCCCCGCGCCGUACGGGCCCAGCCCGGCCUCCCGCUACGUGCAGAAGCUGCCCAUGAUCGGCCGCACCGGCCGCCCGGCCCGCCGCUGGGCGCUCUCGGACUACUCCCUGUACCUGCCGCUCUGAGCGGCGGGCCCCCG